AUGCGCCAUGUACUAUUGAUUUUUUCCGCAAUAAUCGGAUCUCAAGCUGUUUUAAAUACUGGUCUCCAGCUCAAAAUCGAUGAGCUUUUCGAUACUCCAGGUCACACGAAUAAUUGGGCGGUGCUGGUCUGCACCUCAAAAUUCUGGUUCAACUAUCGUCAUGUUUCAAAUGUUUUAGCCCUUUAUCAUUCUAUCAAAAGAUUAGGAGUUCCAGACAGUAAUAUUAUUAUGAUGCUUGCUGAAGAUGUUCCCUGCAACUCUAGAAACCCACGACCAGGCACAGUCUACGCAGCGAGAGCUGGAGCUAAUUUGUAUGGAAGCGACGUGGAAGUCGAUUACCGAGGAGAAGAAGUGACUGUAGAAAAUUUCAUCCGUAUCCUAACAGGUCGCCAUCAUCCUGCAACCCCUCGUUCGAAACGAUUGCUCACUGAUCAUCAAAGCAAUGUUCUGAUUUAUUUGACUGGUCACGGUGGAGACAGUUUCAUGAAGUUUCAGGAUUCCGAAGAACUGACAAACGUUGAUUUGGCAUAUGCUGUUCAGACGAUGUUCGAGGAUAAUCGCUACCACGAAAUGUUAGUAAUUGCUGACAGUUGUCGUAGUGCAUCAAUGUACGAAUGGAUUGAUUCACCAAAUGUUUUGAGUCUCUCGAGUAGCUUGACCCACGAAGAAAGCUAUUCAUACGAUGUGGAUACAGAUAUCGGUGUGUACGUCAUCGAUCGGUACACCCACUACACUGUGAAUUUUCUAAAUAACAAAGUGAAAGCUCUAAACUCGUCAGCUAAUAUGCAAGACUAUAUCGAUUCAUGUCCAGCGAGAAAAUGUUUGUCUAAUACUGGAGUUCGAAAAGAUCACUAUCCCAAAGAUGUGAAGCGAGUUCGAGUAACCGACUUCUUCGGAUCUUCGCGAAUCUUCCAACAUCUCAGUGAGGAGAUUGUUCUUGAUGACGAGUUCUGGGCGUGA